ACCACGGACAGCGGUGCUCCCCGAGAACGUCACGAUUAUGUGCUUAACUUUAAUAUACAAACACUUAUGACAGACUGGACUUGAUGACGUGCACCUGUACCCUCAAACACGAGCGACUCGAUACGAAAGAAGACGUGACUCGACUAAACCAUAGCACACAUCUGGCCAUUUGCUCGAGAGACCACGGCGUCCAUACAGAAUGAGAACGAUAUUUGCAGAGAGCAUCAGACAACGCGAAUAUUAUUGCUCUGUUAACCUUUUGGUGAUAGCAGAUUUUUAAUAGCCUACGAUAGCAGACAGUGCAUGAUUCUGUGGUUUUGUGCCCAUCCAUAUGGAAGGAUUGUGAGUGUGCUUUUUCUAAGGUGUAGUCUCAGCCUACGUCGAAUGGCCUUGUUGUAAUUAUGCCCUAUUGACUGAAUGACUAUGACACUAUUCUCCGCGGAGAUGGAACGGACGAAUCCAAACUGACGAUUCCACUCUGCACUUGCGCGUAUUCCAGUACAUCCAAAACGUAUUUGAUGACUGGGAUCAAGGAUGAAAAUCUACACAGAUUUUUAAAUACAGAAUUUACAUUUUCAAUUAUUAAAGACGUUGGCGGAUCGGGUGUUUUUACACUGUGAGUAAUGUCCUCCCUCGCUGGUGUGUUGCCAUGGGGAACAGUCUUGGCUGAGGGCUGAAGAGAGUGAGCGAGUGAGAGUGAGUGAGAGAGAGAAAGAGAGUGAGAGACAGGCAGUUGCCUUGAGGGAAGACAUGGUAGUCACAGACAGGAGCUCCAGCGCUCCUGUUCCCAAAAAGGAGCCCAAAAAGAAGAGGAGGAAGUCUCGUCCCCAUGGUCUGCCAUCCCCCGCGCUGUGCUGUGCCUGUGGCCUGUGCAUCAUGCUGGCAGGCAUUAACAUCACCCUGGUGGGGGCCUUUGCCUUCAGCACACUGGUUCCCUCUGCUAACCCACCCAUCAUCAUAGGGCCCAUCCUCCUCCUAGUGGCUUUCUCCUUCUUCGGGGCCUGCUGUGUCUGCAGCCGCCUGCCUCCUGCCCAGGGGUCACGGAGGUCCAAGGUGGGUGGCAGGAGCUUGGGGAUGAUGGGACGGGGUGGGCUGGCAGGGGGAGCGGCAUUCGAGAUUGAAACAAGUGAGCACACACUGCAGGACACCACAGCUGUGCAGCUCAGCCCCACACCUUCUCCCGGCUCUUCCCGCGCCUCCAGUCCUGAACCGGAGCUGCCUGAAUCUGUUCCUCCAGGGACCUGCAAGCUCUUCACCAUGGAGAGCAACGGUCCCACCACUGCCACGGCCUGCUACUCGACGUCUUCGGCCGGGGGAGGGGUUGUGAAGCUCAACCUGCCACGGGAGGAGGUGGCUGCCUAGCUCAGCCAACACCAGCGCACUCCUGAAGAAGCCCCCAUGUCGAUACUGGAGUGCAGACAUUGUAAAUAUGGAUGGAUGGUGUGCAAAAUUUGUGAAGUACCAUGGCCACAGGGCACGUUUUCUUUUUGUGUGUGUGAAACCAGCCAACAGCAAGCAUGCUGUGUAGAAUACAGUUGAAAACUGUAUGUGGGAAUUAAUGCUCCUUACCACCACAGACAUUCUUUUUAAAGCUCUUUAUCGAGCACUAGGCAUUCAAAAAGUUGGAAGACAUUCCAUAUAAGAACAGCAUUUGUCAGUGGACAGAAGAUAAACGCCAAGCUUCUUUUCCCACCUGUGGAAACUCACAGAGGGACUCAGCAGAGCAUCUAAAUGGGUCACAGUUAUAAAACCUGGUCUGUCUUUUAGAACUAAAAAUAAUAGUUUCCACAAAAUGGCAAAGGUGUACUGGAAGUCAUCCAUGGCCUCUUUUGACAUUUGACAUUAUGUGCUGCCUGGAUGUUGUGCUCCAGACAUAGACAACAGGUUGGAAGUUCCCUGUGCAAUAUUGUCGUAAAGGAUAGAACUGUAGUAGCCCAAGUUUUUUUGUUGUCAUUUUGUUUAUUGAGGGAUGAUUUGAUGGACCAAUCUUUAGAAGACAAGCAGGUACAUUUGAGUUUAUUUAAUUGAAGAACAUUUUUGGAUGGAUGAUGUGUGUAUUUUGAUCUUACAUAGGAUAGCAGCCUUCGUGGAUAGUUCAUUGCAAUGUGACUUGCUGUGCUUUAGAGUCUGUCCCAACAUAAACACUGUGACUAUUAUGCUUUUAACCCUCCAUUGAAAACUCAAGGCAGAGGGAAAUAUUUUUUUAUUGAAGACAACAAUUCUUAUUUAAAAGAUAUAUUGAAGAUUCAUAGCAAUCACUGCCAAACUAAUUUAUGAACCACAUAUGUAUACUCUAUUCCACCUACCAGUCUCUACCAGCGCACAGUAUCUGUGAAACAAGCUAUGAUGUAUGCAUACUGAUUAAUGUGUCCCAGUUUGUAAAAUUGAUCCAUGCUUGCAAUCGCACCUUUCCAUCAAACACCAUUGAGCAUGGACAUCUGACAUGGACACUAAUGUCUGGAUUCAGUAAGUGGAAAAAGGUACAUUAGUCUACAUAAUCAACU